UUUUUUUGCCCUUCCAGGAAUGCUAUUUUGUUUUGUAAACAACUUGAGAAGUUCCCUAAACGCAAGUUGCGGUAACUCGAGGCUUCGUUCGGAUACCGGAGGCUGCUUUCGAAAAGGGCAGUGAGGCGCACCUAAAAUCUGUGCAUGGGGGGGAAGGUGUGUAGGUGAGACUCGGAAACACAUUUAGUAGAAGACAUCUGUCAUGGGAGUCUGAGGGUGAAAGGAUCGUACUUCAUUUUGGAAUGUAGCCCUUUGAAAGACUCUGAGAAGAGACAGAAGCUGUGUGUGUGUAUAUCUUGUGGGUCUUUCUGGGUUUUUUUCUGCCUAGUUAAAACCAUGCUGGUACUGAGUGGUGGACUUACAGACAUUAGUUCCCAUGGUCUUGAGGCUCUGCACAUAGACCGAACGGUAUACCGAGUAAUCCCUAACAGGACGGAGCGAGGCAGCCUGCGUGGGGCGGGGCCUACCUCAGAUCACUACCACCCUGCAGCCCAGGGCUGGGUGUCUUCUGAGAACCGACCAGGAGAAGACGAGGGAGAGCCUGGAGAGAGCCUUGGGCAGGGGCGGACCUCUCCGGCGCUCCCUGGUAGUCCCACUCCAAGCUGCAGAGGCGGGACCGAGAGGGAGCCGGGGAAAAUGAGGAUGGACCGGUUGCUCGGGAAGCUGAGUAAUAGCUGCACGGUGAAACACUCUCGGGCAGUCUGGAAGCGAGCGGCAGAAGCUCCAGCACUCCAGCAGCUCGGGGAACUGGAGGAGGAGGUUAAUGCUUUGAGCCCCAGCGCUGCCGUCCCUCAGGAAGAUGGCUCUCUGCGCUGCGGCCCCCCCUCCCCGCCGGUGGUGUUGCGAAGACCCCCGCGCGAGCGUCAUGCCGGUGCCCGGAGGGUGGUGAGCAUGUAUGGCUUCCAGGACAAGUCGGAACCAGCUGCGCGGAGCACUCAGGCCCAGGGGAGGAGGCCCAGGAGUGCAUGUCUGCUGCCAGGCCUUGGCGGGGAUUCCCUUGCCGAUGGCCUACAGCAACAGAGGCCCAGGAAAGCAGAGAUCAGGCCCAGCGAUGAAUUGAAGGUGGAGUCUCCUCCGCAGUCACCUCCAGUGGUGCAACCCAGGUCCCGACAUCAGAUUCGGAAACCAAGGCCCGUCAGCAUGACUGUGCUGGAGCUCAAGAAGUUCGACCGGCAUGAUAACUUCGGCCGUGAUGGUGGGGGCACCUCCAGCGACGGCACCGGCCUGCUCAAGGGGGGCUUUCGCUGGAGGCUCUUCGGCAGGCCAGCUCGUGAUACCGACAACUUCUCUCGUGAGGGGAGUAAGCCGGAUGGCUCUCGGCGCUCAUUCGCAUCCCUCCGCCGAACCCUCAGCUUUCGCAUCCGGAAAGGCCGUGACCACGAUGACCAGGGCGAACCGGCUCAGGCUAAAAACGACGGGGAUUACACCUCUGGCCGUCCGUUCUCCUACCUCACGGGCAGAACUUUGUCGGUCCGGCAGAUUCAUGAGGCGGAUGCUGGGAUACGGCAUUUGGAGUACCAGAGUAAGGGAAAGGGCAAGGGGAUGGAGGUCCCCAUGUUCUCGUCUAAGCUCCCUCGACCCAUUCAGGAAGAGCCGAGCUUUUGGCAGCUGCUUAUUGCACGCUUUAAGAAAAAACAACCAACACCUGAACUCGCCUCUCAAAGCCGGGAACUUGGCAUAGAUGCUCCAAACUCAAAGCCACUGACUGAUACUACAGAAACACCCCCUAGUGUGAAAACUGAAGGUCAAGACUCCUUCGUCAACAGCCAGGAGUGGACGCUCAGUCGAUCGGUGCCAGAACUCAAAGUGGGCAUUGUGGGUAACCUGUCGAGUGGGAAGUCGGCCUUGGUGCACCGGUACCUGACAGGCACCUAUGUCCAGGAGGAGUCCCCAGAAGGAGGACGGUUCAAGAAGGAGAUUGUCGUGGAUGGACAGAGCUACCUGCUCCUCAUAAGAGAUGAAGGCGGACCUCCUGAGCUGCAGUUUGCAGCCUGGGUGGACGCUGUGGUCUUCGUCUUCAGCCUGGAGGAUGAGAUCAGCUUUCAGACGGUUUACAACUACUUCCUGCGGCUGUCCAGCUACAGGAACACAGCUGACGUGCCUAUGGUCCUGGUGGGCACACAAGAUGCCAUCAGCGCGACGAAUCCCAGGGUCAUCGAUGACUCGCGAGCCCGGAAGCUCUCCAACGACCUGAAGCGCUCCACAUAUUACGAGACCUGCUCGACCUACGGCCUCAAUGUGGAAAGAGUCUUUCAGGAUGUGGCCCAGAAGGUGGUGGCCCUGAGGAAAAAGCAGCAGCUGUCGAUCGGACCCUGCAAGUCGUUGCCCAACUCCCCGAGUCAUUCGUCUGUCCCUGCGGCCUCCAUCCCAGCCGUGCACAUCAAUCAGGCAGCAAAUGGCGGAGGUGCCUUCAACGACUACUCCUCCUCCGUCCCCUCCACCCCUAGCAUCAGCCAACGCAUCGAGACAGUGGCCGCAUCCAACACGCCCACGCCAAUCCGCAAGCAGUCCAAACGCCGCUCCAACAUCUUCACAGUAAGUAUGCGUCAGCUGAUGCAGGGCACGUCCCCACCCCUGUGCCUCUUCCUCUCCUUCCUCCUCACGCCUCCCCAGCUUCACCCCAGCUUCCCCCAGAGCUGCCCCCCGGAUUUGCUGAUUCAUCCGCAGCUCGGUAUAACGGCGCACCGUAGUCCCCCGGCGAUGCUUCUCACCAGCGCCGCGCUCCUAACGCCUUCUGUGCAUCUGUCCGCCGCAGAGCAAGAGGAGUCCUUCGAGUUCGUCAUCGUGUCGCUGACGGGCCAGAUGUGGCACUUUGAGGCGUCGACGUACGAGGAGCGCGACCUGUGGGUGCAGGCCAUCGAGAGCCAGAUCUUCGCCAGCCUGCAGUCCUGCGAGAGUAGCAAGAACAAGUCACGCCUUGGCAGCCAGAGUGACGCCGUGGCCAUCCAGUCCAUCCGGAACGUGCGAGGGAACAGCUUCUGCGUGGACUGCGAUGCCUCCAAUCCCGACUGGGCCAGCCUCAACCUAGGUGCGCUCAUUUGCAUCGAGUGCUCGGGGAUCCACCGUAACCUGGGCACGCACCUGUCCCGCGUGCGCUCGCUGGACCUGGACGACUGGCCCGUGGAGCUCAGCAUGGUGAUGACGGCCAUUGGCAACGCCAUGGCCAACGGCGUGUGGGAAGGUGCACUGGACAGCUACACCAAGCCGGCUGUUGACAGCAGCAGGGAGGAGAAGGAGCGCUGGAUCCGGGCAAAGUACGAGCAGAAACUGUUCUUGCUACCGCUGCCGCCGUCGGACGUGCCGCUGGGUCAGCAGCUGCUGCGCGCCGUGGUUGAGGACGACCUCCGCAUGGUGGUGCUGCUGCUGGCUCACGGCACCAAGGAGGAGGUCAACGAGACGUACGGAGACGGCGACGGGCGCACCGCCCUGCACCUGGCCUGCGCCAUGGCCAACGUGGUGGUCACGCAGCUGCUCGUCUGGUACGGCGUGGAUGUGAAAAGCCGCGAUGCCCGGGGAAUGACGCCGCUGGCCUACGCGCGACGGUCGGGCAGCCAGGAGUGUGCCGAAAUCCUGCUCCAGCACGGCUGCCCCAACGACAGCAACAUGCCCACGCCCACCACUGCCCGCCGCGGCACCAACCCCAACGCCAACAACAAUAAUGCCCAGGGCGAGCUGAGCCGCAGCGCUAGCGCCAUCUAGUGGCGGGGAGGACUGACUGCCUCCAUGUGCAUCUCAUACUUUUGCUUCUCCUGUAGCCCUCACCCUCUAUGCCCACGACGACUUCACCUGAGUGACCCGGGGCCUCCAGUGGCCACAGGAAGAGAACAAGGAUAAUCCAGUGCCGCGGUCACUUUUUUUAUGGGGGGUGUGGGAGGUUCUUUUAACCUACUAACAGGAAUCUAGUGCGGGAGCCUUGGAGCAGAGCAGCGUCGACGGGGAAGCAGUCUGCAGUGACACUGACUUGAGCAUAUUUCUGGAAAUUACCGCAGCUUUGGAAAUAAUGUGGUUGUCUUUGGUGUGGAUGUUAUUAUUAUAGUUAUUAUAAUACUUAUAAUUAUUGUUAAAAUUAGCGAGUUUCAUUGUAGGGUUUUUUAAUUGUUUGGUUUUUCAACAGGUUUACAUUGGAUUUCCUUUAAUGAAACCGGGAUCUUGCCAGUUUCAUGCCAAAAGUUGGUAUUUCAUUUUUAUGGCAAAAAAAUUUGAGGCUUUGAAAAAUCACAACAAAAACGUCAAAAGAACAAAUAUACAUUUAACCCGAUUCGAUCAAACUGAUAUGCCCUUUGACCUAUUGGCAUAUAAGAUAAAAAUGUAGUGAUCGCUAAGACUGCAGAUGUAAGAAAAAAAUUGUGCUUAAAAUGAACGUUUCACGAAUAAGAACCAUUACACCAAAGUUAAAAGCAGAGGGCUUGAUGGGGUUGAGUUAUUUCAUCAAGUUUUUCUGCAUAAGAUGGUCUUCCCCCCCCUGGUCAGUACUGGGAGACAAAUGGAUAGAUUCACCCAUCUGGCCGAGGCGAGAGUUUUAGUCGAGCAGCUGCCGGUCAGUUCUCGUUUGAUCAGAUGCUUUCCCCCGUUGAGAUUCCUUAAUUAUCGGUUCCUGCCUUCAGAACCAGGCCUCUUCCCAUAAGGCUUUGCUGCUGUGACACGGAGCCGCCCCCUGUGGCAGACACGUGUCCCCACCACGAUACAGGGGAGCCGACCGAUAUCUCCAUGGCAGGUGCCCAGGCCUCCUACUGUGCUUUGUGGUGUGACGUGCAGGUACAGGGAACAGGGACCAGAUUUCCUUGUUUAGCCCCCCCAUCCUGCUCGUGGCCCCCGAUUACACACCUUUUCGUGUCUCAGGCAUACCUCCUCUUCUUGUAGCCUUAAUGAUCCUCCGCUGCUCCUCAGUGGAGGCGCUGCAAACCUUGAGCUUGUGUUAUCCUGGGGGAAGCUGCCCUGCCCAGUGUUUGAAGUCACUAUUGCAGCAGCUGCCAGGCGAUGGGUGGGGGAUGGGGGGGCGUUUAUUUAUUUGUUUCAAGUCGUUGGCAGUGCCCUUUGUUAUUGGCACGCAUUGAAGUUGGUGUGUAAUAGCCCUGCUGGUUCAAAGGGGGGGAAAAAUGACUAACUUGUGUGGAAUGGUUGUGGCAAAGGACAGUGUUUGUUCCUGGUUCCUUACAAGAAAUGUGGCCUCUUUGACUCCCACCCAAAUGGCAGCGCGUGAUUGGCAGAUCGGCUUCCGGGGCCUGGCCCUGUUCUCUUGGCUCUUGGACGGAUAUCAGUACCUCUGGAUUCCUGACCCAUUAGUUACAGCAUCAUUUGGGCUGUUGCCUUCCUGUAGCUGGAUUUUGAACAUCUUUGCCGGCUAUUGCUAAUAUAACAAGCCAUCUUUUUCCAAAGUUUGUGUUCUCGGUUUUCGAAAAGGCUUACGACCAAGGGCUUCACGGGGACAAUCUCCUCUUCUGUGAAUGACAUCACUGUCGUUGGCCUAGCAGUGCUGCCUUGUGUAUGAAAGGGUUUAGUUGCUGACAAUUGACUGAUGAUGCCGGAUUUCAAAUGGUAUUUUGUUUGAGUUGCAUUUUUGAAAAUGCUUUUAAAAUCGCCAUUGCUCUGUCUCUUGUUUGACCCUAAAAUCACGGCUGUUUUCGCUGCUCGUGUCCUACUCCAUAGUCAUACAGUCCUGGAUCAAAAUUGUUCUUCAGCACUGCUCUGAGAUCAGUCUGCUUUGUGCUAGCUGUGGAACUGUUUAGCGUAUUCCUCUCUUUUGGCUUUCUGAAUCCUCUCUGCCACUGUGGUACCUGGAAGCCCCCCCCCCUAAUCACAACAUAUACUAUGGGCUGUAAUUCCACUUCCUGUUCUUUCUGCCUGUGGAUCCAUGCACUAGACCACCUAUAUACGCUGCCGCUGUGACCUGUGGUAUCGCUGCUUGUGUGGAUGGUGCAUCUCCUGACCUGAACAGUUCUAUGUGAGGAUCUGAGUGAAGGAUAUUCAAAUGUAAUGUGUACAGUUUCUUUGAAUAAAUGAUGGGGGAUGGGGAAUUUGUUAGUGUACAGAAAUGUGUAAAAAGUAGCUUUUCCUAUUUUGGCUGACAUUUUAGUCCAUAACGUCGUGGAUUUACUCUAGACUUGCUUCGGAACGUAGUCCAUCUUUGUGUCGCAAAGUAGAAGUCAGAUUUUGCUUAAUGACCUCCUGUGAUUCUCUGGGUGGCUGCUCCCCCACCCAUCCCCCUCGCCCCCCCACAGAAAUACGUCAUACUUUUUGGAGAAUCUCCCCCCUGAAAUUCCUCUCGAGUUUACAGUUGCGAGGGCACCAACUGGCGAAAAGGAGAAGAAGGGUGAGGUUCUUCAGAGUUGGGCCUGGCUUGUCAUUUGAGAAGAACCAACAUCAGCUGCUCGGGAAAGCUGAACCCUUUUUCGGUAGGAAGUACCAUCGUGAAGGUGCCUGUUAGAAGGUUUUUUGGAGAAGUGUGGUGACACAACCAUUUUAAGACCUCAACUGUGUAUAUCAGAGCCUCCUGAACAACCCAGAGGUUCAAAAGCAAGUCUGUUGGUUGGGUAGUUUUGUAGUCUGAGCUAAAGAUGUAUAAAUGUAUCAGUAUUUUAGGGGGUCCACUUUCGGUUCUCCCCUUGCAUCUUUGCGUUAACAAUGCGUUGCCUGGUUUUUAAAACCAUAACAAUGCAACUAUUCCCAAAGAAAAUAGUGUAUAGACAGAAUAUGUAGGUAGACUUUACAAGAUAGACACAUGGAGAGUGAAUCUUGUCGGUGCGUCCCCUCUCUUUGAGUGUAGCGGUGAUUGAAAACUGCUGAAGUAUUUUUUUUUCCCAUCAUUGUUAUGUUUUUAUAUGUAUUUGAGGUAGAAGAAUCAUUAAAGGGAUACCAAUGUUAUGAUGAUACCAUGGGCCCAGAAUCUGGAACUUGUUUGGGCAGGGCAUGUGCCAAUCGAAAAAGUCAACCAAUAAGCUUUCAGAUGUUCCCUCCCCCUCUCUCACGUUGUAACUGUAUGCCCACUGUGUACAAUACAGUUGAAUUGAUGUUGCAUUCCCCGUCAUUAUUUUCUAAAUGUAUUUAAGGUACUACGGUUCUCAAUGUGCACACAUUGUCUAACCAUGUGAGCUACUUUGUGUAUAAUAAUGUAUAUUUGACAUAUUUAUAUUGCAGUAUGUAAAUAUUGUUUUUUUAAUUUUUUUCUCCCCUUUUGCGUUUGAGAACAUGAAUCAAAAUGCAAAAACUGAAAAAAAAAAACUAAUAACCUGCUGUGUGCUUGGACGACUGUUGAUACAUUAAUAAAUGCUCAAAUAAAAUGAUGUAGCCUCCCUGAAUGGGGAAUAUAAGA